CGCCGCUUCUCGCCGGCCUACCUUCCCGUCAGUCCCCGCGGCAAGGCCUGGGGUUUCCCUGGGUCCACCCGACCCGGGCGCAGGCGCAGCCAGCUCCCUUGCAGGGGCGGCAGCCUGGGGGCUGUUAUGGCCCCCAGCCACCUGUCCGUGCGGGAGAUGCGGGAGGAUGAGAAGCCUCUAGUGCUGGAAAUGCUGAAGGCUGGUGUGAAGGACACGGAAAACCGCGUGGCUCUCCAUGCCCUCACUCGGCCGCCUGCCCUGCUACUCCUGGCUGCAGCCAGCAGUGGCCUGCGCUUUGUGCUGGCCUCCUUCGCCCUGGCCCUUCUGCUGCCUGUGUUCCUGGCCGUGGCUGCUGUAAAGCUGGGCCUUCGAGCCCGGUGGGGUUCUCUGCCUCCUCCUGACAGCCUGGGGGGCCCCUGGGUUGCUGUGCGGAGCUCUGGGGAUGUGUGUGGGGUCCUGGCCUUGGCCCCUGGCACCACCUCAGGGGAUGGAGCGCGGGUCACUCGCCUCUCUGUCUCCCGCUGGCACCGCCGCCGGGGCGUGGGCAAGAGGCUGCUGGCCUUCGCUGAGGCCCGGGCCAGAGCCUGGGCAGGCGGUGUGGGGGAGCCCCGGGCCCGGCUUGUGGUCCCAGUGGCUGUGGCUGCAUGGGGGGCAGUGGGUUUGCUGGAGGGCUGCGGCUACCAGGCCGAGGGCGGCUGGGGCUGCAUGGGCUACACCCUGGUGAAGGAGUUCAGCAAAGACCUGUGACCUCGGUGGGGCCAGAGCGGAGGAGUGCAGUGCCCAGCCCAGCAGCCAGCAAGCGGCGCCUGUGCAGCAGCCGCCAACCCAGGAGGACACAGGCUCGAGGACAGGAGCACCCGCCUGCCCAUCCUGCUGUCCUGCUCCGGGCCAGCCUUUCCUUCCACAUGCUGUGCUGCAUCUGAUUUGAGUGAACAAAGAGCUCUGCUUGCCCGACUCCCAGAGCUGCGCCCACCCCAGCCCCUGGCCCAAGUACUCAUGUGGCCGCAGGCCUGUGUUGCGUGUGGACUCGUGGACCCGCAGGGGAUGCACUUGGGGUGGGAGAGGGGCCAAGCAAGCUUGCAUUCCCAGCUGGGAGCCUGGGUCCAGAGCUCCUUGGGCGCAGGGCCCCGGCCCCAUCUGGUUUUUUACACCCAUUUGUUAAUAAAGCUGGAACCACG